AUGCAUGCCCAAAAGAGAGAGAAACCACCCAAACCACAACGGGAGAACCCUAUAUAUGAGGAGAUCGAGAACGACGAGGAGAAAGGAAAUGCCCCUCUUCGAAUGAGCAACGUGAAUAGCAACUUUCGAGAAGACUCAUAUCUCCAGUGUUUCACGUUGAUCGUCGGAGGCAAGCGGUGGACGAUUCGUGCCAAUCCUGUGUACUUCAAGGAAUUUCACUUUGAUCCUCGACCACGGCCGAUCGUUCUGAUUAACACCCAAUAUCUCUAUUCUGUCGGGAUAGAGACUAGCAACUUCCGCUCCUUAACGUUCAGUGAGAAAGACAAAUACUUUACUCUCCCUCCUCCUCAUCCCAAUCUCACGCUACUCAGUCGUCCCCACGUGAAAGAAAAAGUUCAGAAAUCCCCGUACUUGGUACCGGAAAAGACUUUUCACGUACUGCGAUCCGUUCCCGGUUCAAAUUUAGGUUCUCCGGUGAAAACCUGUUACGGGGAAGUGCAUUACCUCCAGCCCUUGGAUUCCCUGGUGACGGACUCACUUCUGGAACUAACCAGUGCCCAAGGCGUGUACUCAGAACCGGAAAAGGUACCGGAGACAGAACUCGUGGUACCGGAAGAGGUACUAGCGGAAUUCUACCAAAACCUAACCCGGGAGAAUCCUUUAAUCCAAUCGUCAUGGAACAAGGAGCAGCAGGCGCCAGUGUUGAGGGAAUGGUACGAUAGAGUCAUUUUGACUCUACGUCGUCUAGGGAGUUCUCUUGGGGAAGAUCGAUUGUCGUUGGUGCGCGGAAACAGCGCGAUGGCCUCUUCAGGCAGUUCUGGAGGGGGGAUAUCCUCCAAUCGAUACAGUUUUACCUCCCUGGGGGUAGGACAUGCAUAUCAGAGGAUGGAGGAUGGCAGUGUAACUUCUCAGGAUCGAGGGGUCUUCAAUGCCCUCAAAGACGUCUACCAGAGUGAGACGAGCACGAGUUCGGGGAGUUGGUCGGUGUUAUCGCUCCCGUACGUGCUGGAAGGCGAAGGGGGAGUGGGGGGGAUGAGCAAUGCAGCCGACGAACUGUGGGAAAAAUACUAUGGACACACGGAGUCCAAGUCGGAGUGGCCGAAUCCCUUCACCAUUCCCACUGCCUUCUAUCCCAAAUACCCGGCACCUCCUCGCUCUGCCACACCCAAGCCGGGUUGGAACGGGACACCGGACUUCACAUUGGACGCCCCGUUGCAGGAGAAAGAGGUGAAUAAAAAUUGGCGAUGUUUCCGCCGUUUCCUCAUUUUCCUCUUCGCCGUCGCCGCCUUUCUCGCUUUAGUGGUCGCCAUUAGCUUGUACUACACACGUGGGAAGCACGUGUUCGGUCCCAUCUGAUCCCUGUGGUGCCAUCUCCCCCCUCUCUCUGGAUCUAUCGAGUUAUACUCAGGGAGAUCUUUUAUUGGAUUUUUUUUUUUCAAAAAUACCUAAUGGUGAGAAACAAGCAUUGUGUUCUUGUGUUAUUAUGAUGUCCCAUGUGUGAUUUUUUAAAUGUCAUAUCAAUUACAGCG